UACUAUCACUGUUCCAAAGUCAAGAUUGUGAAACAAAAUAACAACUCAGAAGCUCAGGGUUGGAGCCCCUUUGCCAUACUACACAUAGCCUGAUGAUAAGCAAGUCCUCAAUGGGGUAAACCCAUAGAUCUCUUGGAUAGAACCACCCUGACCAAAGGUUUCAUGUCUCAUGAACCAAUCCAGAAUCUGCCCAUAACUCAAAUCUGUGGCUCUACAGAGAUUCCAGAUCUUAGACUGAGUAACCUCAGCCAACCUGAGAUGCAUAAAUGACUUUGCCUUUCAUUCAGAUAGGGGAGAGCGGGGGAAUGGUGAAAUAAACACAAGCCCUGUAAUGAUAACACACACUUUGAAUUAGAAAUGAAUCUCUCCUCUACUAGGUUGUAAACUCCAGAUCAGUAUCUGCUUUCCCUACCAUUGUGUCCCUGGCGGUUAGCACAGGGAGUUCCAGCCUCAAAAUAGGAUCUGCUUGAUAAAUAUUUGUUGAUUGAAUGAAUAUUGACUCAAAUUUAUUAUUUAAAAAAGAAAGUGUAUCUCAUUCCUUGCCGGUAGGAAUGCAAACUGGUAUAACCGCUUUGGAAGACAGCUUGGCCAUUUCUUUUUUAUUUAUUUAUUUAUUUGGCUGCGCCGGGUGUUAGUCACGGCACACAGGAUCUUCGUCGCCACGUGUGGGAUCUUUUAGUUGCGGCUGCGAACUCUUAGUUGCAGCAUGUGGGAUCUAGUUCCCUGACCAGGAAUUGAACCCGGGCCCCCUGCAUUGGGAGCACGGAGUCUUAGCCACUGGACCACCAGGGAAGUCCCAGUUUGGCAAUUUCUUACAAAGCUAAACAUAGUCUUACUGUUGGAUCCAGCAAUCAGACUUCCAGCUAUUUACCCAAAUGAGCUGAAAAUUCAUGUCCACACAAAAACCUGCACAUGAAUAUUUGCAGCAGUUUUAUUCAUAAUUGCCAAAUACUGGAAGCAACCAAAUGUCCUUCAAAAGGUGAAUGGAUAGACACACAGUGGCAUAGCCAUACAACGAAUAGUAUCCAGCAGUAAAAAGAAAUGUGCUAUCGGGGACUUCCCUGGUGGUGGAGUGGUUAAGACUCCGUACUCCCAGUGCAGGGGGCACGGAUUCAAUCCCUGCUCAGGGAACUAGAUGCCACAUGCAUGUAGCAACUAAGAGUUCACAUGACACAACUAAGGAGUCGGCGAGCCGCAACUAAGACCUGGCGCAACCAAAUAAGUGAAUAAAUAUAAAUAAAUUUUUAAAAAUUAUAUCUUCAACCUACUGUAAAAGAAAAAGAAAUGAGUUAUCAAGCCAUUAGAAGAUAUGGAGGUGAUCUCGGAGAGACAGCAGUGAGGUCUUAUUUCCCUGCCCAGGAAUUGAACCUGCGUAGCCCAGAUGAAAACCAGGAAUCCUAGCCGCUAGAGCACCAGGGGCUAGAGGCUAGAAGCAAAGUGGCCCUGGCUCUUUCCCCCAUUUGAGAGCAAGAAUGUUUCAAGGAGGCAAAAACUGUAAAAAACAGGUACAGAGUUUAUUAUUAGAGACACAGCACUAUGGGAGAGCACACAGAGAAACAGUUUAUUUAUGUAAGUCGAAGCUAGGCAGAAAUACACACCCAGAGAGAAAGGGUGUGGGCAUCCUUUCUAAUGGGGAGGAGUGGAGUAAAGAGGCGAUUUAAAUCACUUAUAUAGGACAGUUCUUCCUGGUCUUUGUUUACCUUUGGCCAAUUAUCUCGUUUCUUUUUUCACACAUGACUGGUCCUAGGACCCUCCCCAAGCUGCGUGUGCAACUUUUUGCUAAGAUGGAUUCCACCGCAGAGGCCUGUGUGUGUAUGUCCACUUAUUAUGGGGUGGUGCCCCCUCCCUUUUUGACCCCCAAGGAGCCUUCCUGCACAUGUCCAGACAGGAAGUUUUCCUUGACCUCAGGAGUGGUUAUCUUAUCUCUUUACUUCAGCAGAGCUCAGCUUCUGCCACUAGCUUUGACCUUGGAGCAUCUGGGUGAGAACAGAGCUUCAGUGUUACUCCACUUGACAAACCCCAGCUGUCCAGCCCAGGGGCCCAUCUAUCUCCUACUUUAGAGGAACUUUAAAUGCAUGUUGCUUAGUGAAAGAAGGGAGUCUGAAAAGGCUGCAUACUGUCUGAUUCCAACUAUAUGACAUUCUGGAAAAGGCAAAACUAUAGGGACAGUAAAAAAGAUCAGGGUCCCCGUGGUUACCAGGGGCUUGAGGGGUGGGGGAGGUAGGUGGAGCACAGAGGAUUUUAGGGCAGUGAAUCAAUUUUGUAUGAUACUGUAAUGGUAGACAUAUGACAUUAUGCAUUUGUCAAAACUGUUAGAAUGUACAACACAAAGAGUGAACCCUAAUGUAAACUGUGAACAAUGCAUCAAUAUAGGUUCAUCAACUAUAACAAAUGUACACAUUAACACAUGUGAACAACAGAAACUGAGUGGGGGUUAUGUGAACUCUGUGCUAUCUGUUCGAUUUUCGGUAAAACUAAAUCUGCUCUAAAAAAGUAAAGUCUGAUAAUUAAAAGAGAGUAAAUGAACGAAUCUAUAAGAUAAUUGGAUUAAAUUAUUGCCAGCUCUGAAUCACACUCCAGCUCUGGGCCUCAGGGUCCCCAUGUGUAAAACCAAGCUGAGCUUUGAGUUUCGCGCCCGACGGGAGGAGAGAGGGUAGCUCUCCUAUCGUCCAAGGGUUCAGGAGAGAACCGGAUACCGUGCGUCUUUGGACACCCAGGCCUGCGAUGAGCCCCGCCCACCCCCGGGAGCCCGCCCCCAGGAGCCAGUCCCAGGCCCACACGCUCCCUCAGCCCGGAGCAUAGGCCGCGCCCUCGCACGCCAUUGGCUCUCCGAUUGGACGGCUCGGAGGAGGUGUUGGCGGAAGGGGUGAGUCUGAUUGGCUGGGCGGGGCCGACGGUGUGCGACUAACAUGGCGGAGCGCGGGAGGAAGAGGCCCUGCGGCCCGGGUGAACAUGGCCAGAGGGUGGAGUGGCGAAAAUGGAAGCAACAGAAAAAAGAGGAGAAAAAGAAGUGGAAGGAUCUCAAGAUGGUGAAGAAACUGGAGCGGCAGCGAGUGCAGGAGGAACAGGCAAAGCGACAGCAGGAGGAGGAGGCAGCUGCCCAGAGGGAGGAUCGGGGGCGGCACUACACCCUGAGCGUGGCCCUUCCGGGCUCCAUCCUGGACAACGCCCAGUCGCCCGAGCUUCGCACCUACCUGGCUGGCCAGAUUGCUAGAGCCUGCACCAUCUUCUGCGUGGAUGAGAUUGUGGUGUUUGAUGAAGAGGGCCAAGAUGCCAAGACUGUGGAGGGGGAAUUCAGGGGAGUCGGCAAGAAGGGGCAGGCAUGCGUGCAGCUGGCCCGGAUCCUGCAGUACCUGGAGUGUCCCCAGUACCUAAGAAAAGCAUUCUUCCCCAAGCAUCAGGAUCUACAGUUUGCAGGGCUCCUGAACCCCUUGGACAGCCCUCACCACAUGCGUCAGGAUGAGGAAUCCGAGUUCCGAGAGGGCAUCGUGGUGGACCGGCCCACCCGGCCGGGCCAGGGCUCCUUUGUCAACUGUGGCAUGAAGAAGGAGGUGAAGAUCGACAAGCACUUGGAGCCUGGACUCCGGGUGACGGUGCGGCUGAACCAGCAGCAGCUCCCAGAAAGCAAGACCUACCGUGGAAAAGUCGUGUCGUCACAGGACCCUCGCACCAAAGCUGGUCUCUACUGGGGCUACACGGUCCGCCUGGCCUCCUGCCUCAGUGCUGUGUUUGCUGAGGCCCCCUUCCAGGACGGCUAUGACCUGACCAUUGGGACAUCAGAGCGAGGCUCAGACAUGGCCUCCGUCCAGCUUCCCAACUUCAGGCACGCUCUCGUGGUGUUUGGGGGCCUCCAAGGGCUGGAAGCUGGAGUGGAUGCUGACCCCAACCUGGAGGUGGCUGAGCCCAGUGUCCUCUUCGAUCGGUACGUCAACACCUGCCCCAAGCAGGGCAGCCGCACCAUCCGCACCGAGGAAGCCAUCCUCAUCUCCCUGGCUGCCCUGCAGCCUGGCCUCACCCACGCGGGUGCCCGGCCCAGCUGAAGGUUCUGUCGGGCCCAAGACGGCACAGAAACAGUGGUGAAGCCAGAGGUUCCCACGGGUCACCUGGGACAGACACACCAAAGACUUGUCUCCAAAAAUGAACACCUUUAAUUCGACCCAGUCCCCCCGACCCCACAGUCUGGCUGGGGCUGCCCUUACUUGCUGCCUGCAGUGAUGGCCUUAAGGCUGCCUGUCCGUGCCAGGAUAUUUGGCACAAAGAGCAGCCCUGAGGCCCGCUCAAUGCUCUCGAUGGGCACCAGGAAGCGCUCCAGCGGGACCGCCUCAUCCACAGGCGCGUUGGGCAUCACAUAGGAGCGGAGUUCGAUCUGCCCGUCUGCUGCCUCCAGGAUCAGCACUUUGAAGAAGUGGGUGGGCACUGCCACGUGGUUCUUGCCAAUUACCUGGUACUUCACAUAGGACUUCCCAUCAGCCUCGGUCCUGUGGGCAGACCCAGGCACACAUGGCCUUUUAGGGCUCCUGGGGGACUUGGUCAGACCCAAGGCCACCGCCUCCAGGGAGCCUUCCCUGACCCGACCUCCAGCUUGUGUCAACCUGCAGGACCACCCCUCAGCGUGAGGCUUCUUUGCCCUGCUUGGCUCCCCCAGGAGGCUGGGAGCUCCCUGCAGGGUAGAGAGUCACUCUUCCCCUGUUUUCUUCAUGUCCAACACUGGGUCAGGUAGAGUGGGUGGUGGCAAUAAACGCUGCAGAAAGAA